CAGCUUAAAGCAAUUACUCCCUUUCUGGGAAAUGAGUCAUUAAUUGUUAAUGAUACUAGAAAACUGCUGGUUCAAUUUUAAUCAUCACCUGUUGCUGUUCAGCAUUUUGUCCUUCCUUCAGAAAAAAACAUGAGCUGGGGAUUCCUGCGAGAUAUCCUAAGUGGAGUGAAUAAAUAUUCAACAGGGAUUGGCAGGAUCUGGUUGGCUAUUGUGUUUAUAUUCCGCUUGCUUGUCUAUGUUGUGGCAGCAGAACAUGUCUGGAAGGAUGAACAGAAGGAAUUUGAGUGCAACAUCAGGCAACCGGGUUGUGAAAACGUCUGCUUUGACCACUUCUUCCCUAUUUCCCAGAUCAGGCUUUGGGCCUUGCAACUGAUCAUGGUCUCCACCCCUUCUCUUUUGGUCGUUCUCCAUGUUGCCUAUCGAGAGAGCAGGGAAAAGCGACUCAAAAAGAAACUUUACAAGACCCCAGGGAGCAUGGAUGGUGGAUUGCUGUGUACUUAUCUCAUCAGCCUCAUUUUCAAAACAGGAUUUGAAAUUGGUUUUCUGGUUUUGUUUUACACGUUGUAUGGUGGAUUCAACGUGCCACGGCUUGUGAAGUGUGACAUGAGGCCAUGUCCUAACACUGUAGAUUGCUAUAUCUCCAAGCCCACAGAGAAGAAAGUCUUCCUCUAUUUUGUGGUGGUGACUUCAUCCUUGUGCAUUGUAUUAAAUGUAUGUGAACUGAGCUAUCUGAUUUUCAAAUACACCAUAAAAUGUUGCCUUGAGAGAUAUGAGAAGAAAAUUCAAACCAUGAAAAGUGAGUGCCAGAAGCUGAAAUACGUUCCGGCUGAAACAGCAAGUACAGCUCUGCUCCACAGCAAUGCUUCACCAGAGCUUGUCAAUAUGCCAGAUAAACCUGAAAGUAACUUACCUACUGACUUGAGAGAAGGAUAAAAAUGAUAUUGCCUGAUGCUAAAUAAACUGUUUGAAUUAUUCCUCUUACAUGAGUUCAAAGAAAUCCAUGAAUGGAUAAGGAGGAACUUUUAUUUCUAUCUAGAAAAUAGUGUAUUCUCUUUCUCUUAAAAAAACUGUCAGAUCCCUGCUAUUGGGCUUUUGCCUUCCCAUUCACCUGUAUUACGUAUUAUUCAGGUUUGUUCAGGCUGACUCAAGGCAAUGUAAAAGGUUGAUAUUUCUACUCAGAAGUAAUAUAAAUACUAAAGCUUGUGAUACAUCAUCUUGAAAGGACAUUUGCUCAAAUAGUUGUGUUUUGUAUAUUUUAUGUGGCUGCUUUGGUUCAGUUUUUUGUUGCUUUUGAAGAGGAUCUUUAUGUCUUAAAGCUGAAAGACCCUGGGAUUGGUUAGAAUAGAGGAGUGAAAAGGGGAUAUAAAGCUGUACAGAUUAGGUCACUCUGCCAAUUCGAAUCCAGCCCAGGACAAUAUGAGUAACUGAAAAGGAUUGACAACUUGUGGGUGCUAACUGUCCUAUGUGAUUAGGUCACUAUAUGAGUGAUGGGCUGAACCUAGAUCUGUUUAUAUACUACUAUUUGUACUAUUUUACAACAACAAUUAAACACACCUGCUGGCAGACUGAUACCAAGGACUGACCUAGGUAGCUGUCUCUUAGCUACUUCAACAGCACUUAUUGCUGUAGUAGUUGAGCACCUCACAAUCUUUAAUGUAUUUAUAAUGUAUUUACCUCCUGUGGGGGUAUUUCUGCCCUUUAUAUAGGUGGCAGAAACAGACAUGGAGAUACUAAAUGGCUUGCCUAAGAUCACACAGGAAGUCUGCAGCACAGUAGGGAAUUAAUCCCACAUUUCUCAUGUCCCACAGUACCUCUGUAAGCACUGGACCUUCCUUCCUCUCUACAACUAUAGAGAUUGAAUAACAUUGUCAGCUAUCAAAGUCCUGCUUCUCAGGUUUGGGUUAAGGCACACUAGCUAGGCACCAUAGGUGGCGGUGAGAGGGUUUCAGAAUGUGCUUCAAAAUUACGGUCUUCUAAAAUUAACAUUAUACAGUUAAACUAGAGGGGAGAGGAGUAUUCCAUGGAGCCUAUUAUUUUCCUGCUAACAGGUAGAAAGCGAGAGAAAUUAGGACAGGAAAAAAUUCAUUCGCUAUUGAAAUCAGUGGGAAAAGAUGACAAUUGGUCUUUUCAACUUUAAUUUCUAUGGUAAGCAUUUAUGGUUUUGCCUAGGUUCAGCUGUUCCAAUUUCUGAUUUAUUUCAAUCUUCACUGAAUUGAAGAGAUUUAAUACAGUAUAUAUACACAUUUUACUGCAGUAAGAUAACUACUCCUGAUUUACUCAGCCUUCUUUGCUAUAACAGAUUAAUAUUGCUUAGAAUAAUUUAAAUUUUACAGUAGAUAUCAAACUGUGUGUUUUAAGAAGUGGAUUCAUGGGUCCAUCCGUCUGUCCAACUUGCUAGGGAUUAGAACUGGUUGAAAUUGUUUGAAAAAAUUCCCAUUAAAAAACAUAUUUUUGCUGAAAUAAAUAUCUUCCAUGGGAAAAUGUGGAUUUUGACAAAAGUUUCAGCUAGAAAAUUCAUAAUAAAAAUACUUGUUUUGAAAUAAAUGUAUUGAUUUCAACAUAAAAUGUUUUUGUUUUCCAUCCUGGGAUUCCCCCAAGUAUUCCCAUGUUAAGGCACUUACAUUAGGAAAAACAUUCAUGACGACUCUAUUCUCUUUUACAGAGGAAAAGAAUGUCCUCUGAGAAAGGAAGGUAGCCUGUGGUGAUACUCUGUAAAAGAGAAUAUAGAGGACCUUUCCUGUGUCAUCACCAGCUAACACAGACCAUGGUUUAUGUCUCUCCGAUAAAAAAAUAUCCCCGGGGGAAAAAGAAUAAAUGUUAGCCGAUCAUUUAAAUAACCUUUCCUUCAGAACAGCAGCUAGUUUAAGGAACAACUAAUUAAAGCCUUACUGUUUUGAAAGACACUCAAGCCUAUUGGUAUAAAAGCAAAUUGUGUUAUUUCAUAUAGUGCUAGCUUUGCUAAAAAUCA